GUGUGUUCAAGUACAUGUGUAUGAACAUUUGUGUACGCAUGAGUGCAUAUGCCAGUCUGUAUGUGUGCGUCAGUACGCAGCGUGCAAGCGCGUUUGUAUGCAUACCUCCCCCGCCCCCGUGCCAUGAUAACAUAGUUACGAACUUGUAUAGUAAGCAGCCGGUAAAAACGGUUACUGGGCCGAGAACGUAUGUGACUCCAUGUCUGAGUGGGAUUGUCAUUUUGUGUCCAUGGGCACUAAACAAAACGAUCAACAGGUCUCAAGAUCCGGGUAAUUUUCAGUCAUGACAAGGAGCGCUCUGCCUCUCAGACCUCCACGAUGACGCUGGACCGGAAGGACUGGUGCAGCAGGCGAUGCUGCCGCAACUUCCUUUGCGCCAACUUGCUGGUGCUGCUCACCACCAUUUUCGCUGUCGUUGGGUUUGCCCUCGGUGCUGGUGUAAGAACAUUACAGCCAUCUCUAGACGCCAUCGUCUGGAUCGGUUUACCUGGAGAGGUAUACAUGAGGAUGUUGAAAAUGAUGAUUCUUCCGCUCAUCAUUUGCAGCGUCAUCACAGGCACCGCAUCACUGGACCCCAAGUGUAACGGAAAGAUCAGUGUCGUGGCCUUAACCUACAUCGUGGUGACCAAUAGUUUAGCUUGCUUAGUGGGAAUUGCAGUGACGUGCGCUAUCAAGCCAGCUCUACAAAGUGGAGUGAAGGGGUGGCCCUGGGAGGUUGAGCAAUCUGUUCCACUCAUCGCUAUGGACACAGCUGAUAUUUUUGCUGAUCUUAUAAGAAACAUUUUCCCAGACAAUAUAGUGGCGGCCAGUUUUCAGCAGGCUCAGACAAAGUACAAUGUAGUGGAGAAGCGAAUUCGACUUAAUAGUUCCGGGGAGGCCCUCAACGAGACCUUGCAGGUGCUUAGGGUCAAGGGCGUUGGCACUACGCCCUCUACAAACAUCCUCGGCUUGGUGCUGUGCUGUCUGGUGUUUGGAAUGGCAACAGCCAGCGUGGGGACGGUGGGACGACCGUUUUUCCAGUUCUUCUUUGCAGCAAAUGAAAUCAUUUUACGAAUUCUCCGCUGGUUUGUGUGGGCUACGCCGCUAGGGGUCGCCAGCCUCAUCGCCGUGGCGGUGAUGGGCAUGGGCGACCUGGCAAGUGCCGUGCGCUCUCUGGGAAUGUUUUGCUUGACCGUGGUGACGUCACUGCUCGUCUACCAGCUGCUCGUCGUGCCCGCCUUCUUCUUCCUGCUGAUCCGGAAGAACCCUUACUCCUUCCUGUUGACCCUCGGCCGACCGUGGAUGGUGUCGUUUGCCGCUGCCAGCUCGGCCAUGGCCAUACCGGAGACGCUGCAGAGUCUGGAGCACGUCACUCAUAUUGACAGGCGCGUCACGCGCUUCGUCGUUCCCCUCGCCACCUCCAUCAACAGGGACGGCUCGUGCAUCUUUCUCGCCGUCUCCUGCAUCUUCAUCGCGCACAUCUCUGACGUGGAGCUGGGCGCCGCUGGACUCGUCCUUUUGUGGGUGCUGACCACUGUCGUGUCCCUGGCCAUCCCAUCAGUCCCUAGUGCCGGGUUGGUUGCUGUGCUCAUUAACCUAACGGCUCUCAACGUACCAACACACGCCAUUGGUCUCCUGUUUGCCACGGAAUGGAUAAUCGAUCGGCUGCGGUCAGCCUCGAAUAUGCUGAGUCAUGCCUACUGUGCCAUGACCACCUUCGUUUUAUGCCAGUCGUCUCUCCCUCCUGAAGAUCACGAUGCUGGCGACGAUGUUGUUAUGGAAAUCAACCUCGAGAGUUUGGGGAGCCUGCGAAGGGCGGAGGCGAUGCGGCCAGCGACAAGGCUCCUUCAAGUCGGAGUGUAGAUCAUUCGCUUGUGACGCACAGGGUCACGGCAGAGACAUAUAUCAGACACCACAACAUUACAGAUGCUGGAAAUUUUCUGCACAUUCGCAGAAGAGACAGGAAAUUCUUCGGCCUCCCUUCAUGCUUAUCUACCUUGUUCUGCCUGCUGUAUAAUCUCGAGGACAGAUGGAGAUAUCUAUGCCAUUAUCUAGUCUUCAUUAUUCUGUCACCAUUUUUCUAUGCCAGGGGACAGAAGUUUAUGUCAGCUGACAAUGUAGCUUGUCAGUAGACAAAAGGUUCUUUUUUUCCACGAGAUUAAUAUUUCUAAGUGAAACAAAUCCUUGCCAGUCCAGCGCUUGUCAUUGCUACGGGCAAAAAGGAAACGGUGUGUGGGUAGGUGCUCGCCCACAAAUCUUGGAACAAAUCAGUUUAACAUCGAGAUUCAUGGUGAGCAUGUGUGGGGCAUUGGUUGUUGAAGUCUUCGGCAGUAUAAUGAAAAAUAAUUCAUCUCAGUGAACAUAUCUGAAAUAUCUGUAAGCUUUCCAUCAACGCUGUCCAUCUACACAGAGUUCAUGUGCUUUAGAUUACCAGAGGAUAUAGAUACUAUCACCAUUGUAAAUUGUUCAUUUAGGGCUGUGCAGUCUACCAGUAUAUGUUUACAGACAAAAAAUAAAAUGCAGAGAUGUU